AUAUGUGCUGUUUAACUAUAUUCACAAACAAUGCAGGUCCAGACUCUCAAGCUUAAUGAUCUCCAGUGUCCAACACCAGCCUCAUCACAUCACCUAGCAGAAGCACUGUCUUCUAUGCCAAACCUGACUGACCUGACACUCGCUGGAAAGGCAUUCACUGAGGAGUUCUUCUCUACAUUGAAAGCAAAGGCCUCAUCCAUACAGGUCCAGACUCUCAAGCUUAAUGAUCUCCAGUGUCCAACACCAGCCUCAUCACAUCACCUAGCAGAAGCACUGUCUUCUAUGCCAAACCUGACUGACCUGACACUCGCUGGAAAGGCAUUCACUGAGGAGUUCUUCUCUACAUUGAAAGCAAAGGCCUCAUCCAUACAGGUCCAGACUCUCGAGCUUAAUGAUGUUAGUUGUUCCACACCAGCCUCAUCACACCACCUAGCAGAAGCACUGUGUUCUAUGCCAAACCUGACUGACCUUACACUCGUUGGAGAGGCAUUCACUGAGGAGUUCUUCUCUACAUUGAAAGCAAAGGCAUCAUCCAUACAGGUAUGUGUGUCCUAAUGUAAAUGUCAUGGAAAGGGUAAUUGAAAGAGAACAAUAGCGGUAAUAGUUAUA